AUGCGUCAUGUUGCUUCAUGCUGUAUCAGACAGCUGCAAAGCAUUCAAGCUAUCUCACAAGGAUGUUCUAGUAAAGCUAGGACGCUACGAUUUGCUACCACACGCUCUGUAGGAGAGACAUUCGGUCAACCGCUAUCACAGACACAUCCACAUCUAGUGAAAAGAAAUGAGCUGACACCCGGUAUCAGUGCAAGUGAGUAUGAGCUAAGGCGUACACUACUGGCAAGAAAGGUACCUUCAGGAAGUGUCAUUUUUAUUCCUGGCUCAGGCCAGCGCUUUAUGCGUGGUCAUGCUUUCUACGAAUUCCGUCAGAAUGCAAAUAUGUUCUACCUGACGGGCUUGGAUGAGCCAGACACAGCGAUGAUCAUGAUCACUGACGGUUCUCCAAAGGGCUACCGUAUGCAUCUUUUCCUCCAGCCGAAGAAUGAGGAAGAAGAGAUGUGGACUGGCUUUCGCACAGGCUUGGCAGCAGCCUUUGACGUCUUCGGAGCUGAUGCUGUCAGUGACAUGGAUGAUAUGCACAGAAUAGCCAAAGAGCAAGCAAGAUCCGCCAAACAUAUUUACUUUGACAAGGUCAAAAGUCCAGAUCUGGCUGGUUCCAAACAUCACGAAUUUGUACGUGCAGCUGGAGAUUCAAAAUGUAUAGCAGUCUCUCCACUUGUGCACAGGCUGCGUAGUGUCAAGAGUGCGGCGGAGAUCAAGCUUAUGCGACAAGCUGGGCAAUUUUCUGGUCGAGCAUUCAAUGACACAAUGAGCCAAGGUUGGACUUCUGAAGCCGCCGUUCAAGCUGAACUGAGGCAUCGUUUUGUCAAACAUGGAGCCCAUCGCGAAGGCUAUGUUCCAGUCGUUGCAUCUGGUGAUCACGCUCUGGCAAUUCACUACACUGCAAACGUCGACCGCAUCAAGCCGGACAGUCUCAUCUUUGUCGAUGCUGGCGCGGAGUUGGGUGGGUAUCUCACAGACAUAUCACGAGCAUGGCCAGCAGCGGGCAUUUUCUCUGAAGCGCAGCGAGAUCUCUAUCAGGCCGUCCUGAAUGUGGAAAAGGCUUGUAUUGAGCUAUGUGUCACUAGCCGCAACCAUUCAAUUCACUCCUUACAUCAUGAAUCGACGAGGCUCAUGAAGAUGGAACUCCGCAAUCUUGGCUUUUCUAUCGUUGAGGGAGAUGUCGAGAAACUCUUUCCACACAGACUCGGCCACCAUAUCGGCCUUGAAAUUCAUGAUUGCUCGACACUCGGGGGAUACGAGACUCUGUUGGCAAACCAGACCAUCACAAUUGAGCCAGGUUUGUACGUCCCCUACGAUGACUCUUGGCCAAAGCAUUUCCAGGGAAUGGGACUGCGAGUAGAGGACAGUGUCGUUGUCGGGGAAGAAGCACCGACUGUCCUCUCAGCAGAUGCUGUAAAGGAGGUGGCCGACAUCGAGGCUUUGGGACGAAAGUGGAUAUAG